ACGGUAAUGACGCAAAGUCCCAGAAUCCACCGCGCUGCUCGGUGGGAAGGUGACAGCGGACGGCGAAAAUGGCCUCUGCUUAUCUUACUCACCAGCAGAAAGUGAUGAGGCUUUACAAGAAGUCUUUGAGGCACCUCGAAUCAUGGUGCAUAUUUAGAGACAAAUACCGGUUCUACGCCUGCAUGCUUCGGGCUCGGUUUGACGAGAACAAGAAUGAGAAGGACAUGGUGAAGGCCACCAUGCUGCUGAAGGCAGGUGAGGAGGAGUUCUGGGCCAACCAACAUCCUCAACCCUACAUCUUCCCUGACUCUCCGGGAGGAACUUCCUAUGAAAGAUAUGAGUGCUACAAGGUCCCAGAAUGGGUGCUGGACCACUGGCACCCCUCAGAGAAGGCCAUGUACCCUGACUACUUCUCCAAGAGGGAGCAGUGGAAGAAACUCAGAAUGCAGAGUUGGGAUAAAGAGGUUGCUCAGCUGGAGGCCGAAACUCCAGCCGGUGGCCCCUGGACCGAGGCUCUGCCUCCUGCCCGCAAGGAGGGCGACCUCCCCCCUCUGUGGUGGCAGUACGUCACCCGCCCAAGGGAGCGCCCCACAUAAACCCUGUACCUCUCCUGAGAUUAGUCAGUCCAGCUACCUGAGGAAAAACCACCCCAAACACACAAUGACAGCACCAAGACUGACUGACCUCAUGGUACCAUCUGUUUGUAGAGUCAUGCCUGAAGGAGUUCACCUUUACAGGCUGCACGACUAAGUUAACAACCUGCCUGAAUUCACAUGAUGACUCUGAAAAGUUCUGUAGAUGUUCCAGUUAAUACCUGUAAGUAAUAAAGAAAUGUAUGAUCA